ACCUCACUCACUCGACCGAAGCACAUCGACAACCACCCCAUCGACCUCCGCUCACCGGGACUUUCACAAUGAAGUUCAUGAAAGUGGGCCGUGUGGCCAUCAUCACCCGUGGCCGUUACGCCGGUAAGAAGGUCGUCAUUGUCCAGCCUAACGACACUGGCUCCAAGGCGCACCCCUUCUCCUACGCCAUCGUCGCCGGUAUCGAGCGCUACCCCCUCAAGGUCACCCGCCGCAUGGGUAAGAAGACCGUCGAGAAGCGCAGCCGCAUCAAGCCCUUCAUCAAGGUCGUCAACUACAACCACUUGAUGCCCACCCGUUACACUCUCGAGCUUGAGGGUCUCAAGGGUGCCGUCUCCAACGACACCUUCAAGGAGGUCUCCCAGCGUGAGGACGCCAAGAAGAACGUCAAGAAGGCUCUCGAGGACCGCUACACCAGCGGCAAGAACCGUUGGUUCUUCACUCCUCUGCGUUUCUAAACGGGAUAAUUGGGGCGUUUUGUCGUUUGAGCGCGCAAGGUUCUAGAUGAGGCAAAGGGAAAAAGAAAAGCAUCGAAAACUUCCAGUCAUGAGCAUGGGAUAAUGUGAAAUAUACCAUAGCCGGAGGAAGAAUGGGAACGUGUCGAUGUACAGGUCCAGGACUUGGCCCAUUUUCUUAUUUUACAUGAGGGAAGCCACUCAGAUCUGGCGUCCGUCUCGAAAUGAAAUGGAGAAUAUGAACAAAUUCAAUUUCUUUUCUUUGUUACGAAUUGUUCUUUCGCCUGGAAUAUCGCUUCUGGCUCCCUGGCCACUGACCCAAUCUACCUGUUCUAGCUACUCCC